AUGAGAUCCGUUGCUUACUUUGUCAAUUGGGCCAUCUAUGGUCGCAACCACAACCCGCAGGACCUGCCUGCAGACAAAUUGACCCAUGUCCUAUAUGCGUUCGCCAAUAUCAAGCCGGACUCCGGUGAAGUAUUCAUGACCGAUAGCUGGUCUGAUGUCGAAAAGCACUACCCCAGCGACUCAUGGAAUGAUUCGGGCAACAAUGUUUACGGAUGCGUCAAGCAACUCUAUCUCCUCAAGAAGCAGAACCGCAAGCUGAAGGUCUUACUGUCCAUCGGUGGCUGGACUUACUCUUCCAACUUCGCUCAACCUGCCAGCUCUGCUGAAGGACGUAACAAGUUUGCCGAGUCGGCGACCCGACUUGUCCUAGACUUGGGAUUCGAUGGAAUCGAUAUUGAUUGGGAAUAUCCUCAAAAUGAUGGCGAAGCCCAAAACAUGGUUGACUUACUCCAGGCCUGUCGACAGCACCUUGACCAAGCCGCGGGUCCAAACCGCAAAUUCUACCUGACAAUCGCCUGUCCCGCAGGCCCUGCCAACUUCAACCGCCUGAAGUUAUCCGAUAUGGAUCGAUACCUAGAUUUCUAUAACCUCAUGGCAUACGACUAUGCCGGCAGUUGGGACACACUCGCCGGCCACCAAUCAAACCUCUACCCAUCUGGGGACAACCCAGGCUCAACACCAUUCUCCACCCAGACUGCAAUUGAUCACUACGUCAACUCCGGCGUCUCUCGUUCCAAGAUGGUACUAGGUAUGCCACUGUAUGGCCGUGCGUUCACCGACACCGACGGACCGGGCAAGCCAUUCAGCGGCGUGGGCGAGGGAAGCUGGGAGAAAGGUGUUUGGGACUAUAAAUCUUUACCACGACCUGGAUCGCAGGAGCUGCUUGUUCAGGGUAUCGGGGCCUCGUGGUGCUAUGAUGCGGGAUCGCGCACGAUGGUGUCCUACGACGACCCAUCGACGAGCAGCCGAAAGGCCGACUAUGUGAAGCAGAACCAGCUUGGUGGUGGGAUGUGGUGGGAGAGUAGCUCUGACAAGGGUGGGAAAGCCGCGAGUGCUGCGGAUGGGAGCUUGAUUGGAACGUUUGUCGAUGGCCUUGGUGGAACUGGCGCCUUGGAGCAAUCGGACAAUGUGCUUGACUACCCCGAGAGUAAGUAUGACAACCUGAGAAGCGGCAUGAACUGA